UUUUUUUUCUUUUAGGUAUAGUCGUUUUUUGAGUUGAGGGAUAUUCGGUUGCUAUUGUAGCAAGCUGAACAACUGCAGAGAUGCUCAUUUGCUGUUUUCUCUUAUGUCUGCCCUGACUCAGUAGAUUUCUAAUGAAAACCAUUACAUCCAUAACUAUCUCGUCAUUAUUUUUCUUAAACACAGAACUACAUUUAAUUUCCUUCUCUUUUAAAGACAGUAGGGUGUAACUUGAAGGAGAUUUGGUAGCUACUUCUAGCAGCUCGAUAACUACAUAACGGCUCCCAUAUUGUUUCAAUUGUGUCCUUCAUCUAAUUUGAAGAGGAAUUUGUUGCUACAUCUAGCAGGUCGAAUGUCUGCAUAAAUGCUUCCUCAUUGGUUUAUAAAUUAUUUCUAUUGCGUUUAUGUUAAUCUUUUGGAACUUCUUGCUCAGGCAAAAACUAUAAUCAUUUCUUUAUUUAAUAAUGAUUUCAAAUUUUUGCACAAGGCCAGCCAGUUCGGGGGAGGGUGUAAGUCGAUUACAUCGACCACAUUGCUCAACCAGUACUUAUUUUAUCGAACCUUGAAGGAUGAAAGGCACAGUCGACCUCAGCGGAAUUUGAACUCAGAACAUGAAGUGGACGAAAUGCUCUACAGAGCAUUCUGUAACGGUAACUAAAUAAAAUGGCUAAAUACUAACCAUCUUACCAGUGACAUGCAGUUUUUAAAAAAUUGUGCACCAAUGUCCUACCCAUGUUUUUCACACUAACUACUUAUAACAUGCACUCAAGCAGUAUACACAAUUCAUAUUAAAUUAACUAACUCACUUCAAGAAGUAAUUAAUAUUCCAUUAACAACAAAAAACAAUGUUUCUCAUCACACUCCUUGCAACACUUAUCUACCCAAAAUUGUUAUUACUAGUUCCUGUUGUAUUGGCAGUUGGUCUACUCUUGGUUAGAUUUUGGGUUAAGAGAAAAUCAGCGAAAAAAUUCCCAAACACAUUCACUAUUGGAUUCUUCCAUCCCUACUGUAAUGCUGGAGGAGGUGGUGAAAGAGUGCUGUGGACAGCUGUUCGUGCUUUACAGAUAAAGUAUGGCACAAAAAUAACCUGUGUUGUAUAUACUGGAGAUUUCAACGUUAACGGCCAAGACAUUCUUCAUCGUGCUGAGCAGAGAUUCAACAUAGUUCUUCCACAUCCAGUUGAUUUUAUCUUCCUGAAAAAACGAAAGUUUGUGGAAGCCAAAAUGUACCCUCAUUUUACUCUUCUCUGCCAAAGCCUUGGUUCUUUAAUCAUUGGUUUUGAAGCUCUAUUUUCAUUUGUACCUGACUUGUUCUGUGAUAGUAUGGGUUAUGCUUUUACUCUUCCACUCUUUAGAUAUUUAGGUGGCUGUCAGGUUUCUUGUUAUGUACAUUAUCCCACCAUCAGCACAGAUAUGAUUAGUCUCAUUAAUAACCAGACGGCUACUUACAACAAUUCAGCUUCAAUUUCUUCAAAUCCGGUCCUGAGUCGUUUAAAACUUAUAUAUUAUAACAUAUUUGCAUGGCUAUAUUCUCUGGUUGGCAGGUGUAGUUCAGUUGUUAUGGUCAAUUCUUCAUGGACAUAUGGACAUAUUUCAUCUCUUUGGAAAGUCUCCAGCACUAAAAUUGUAUAUCCUCCUUGUGAUGUUACCGAGUUUCUCAAGAUACCUUUACAGAGAGAUUGCAAAAUACAUUCUAUUAUUUCCAUUGGUCAGUUCCGCCCAGAGAAGGACCAUCCAUUACAGAUUAAAUCAUUUGCCAAAUUUUUGUCUCAAGUUCCUGAAAAAUCACAUUCUUUAUACAAAUUACACUUAGUUGGAAGUUGCCGAGACAGUGAAGACACUAAAAGAGUUUCAGAACUGAAAGAGCUGGCUUUAAUUCUUGGUGUUUUGAACUAUGUUGAUUUCCACUUAAAUGUUUCUUUUAGUGACUUGAAACAACUAUUAUCUGAAGCUGAAAUUGGUUUACAUACAAUGUGGAAUGAACAUUUUGGAAUUGGUGUUGUAGAGUGCAUGGCUGCUGGGACGAUAAUUUUGGCUCAUGACUCUGGCGGCCCCAAGAUGGACAUUGUUGUGCAACAUGAUGAAAAUAGAACAGGUUUUCUAGCUUCAGAUGUGGAUAGUUAUUCAGAUGCCAUGAGAACAAUAUUUAAUUUGUCCGAAAAGGAGAAAAUGAAUAUCCGCAGAAAUGCACGAUCACACAUAGAAAAAUUUUCUGAUAAACAAUUCUCUGACCAAUUUAUGAAUGUCCUGGAACCAUUGAUUAAAAUAAACAUUUCAUGAAAUUUGA